AUGCGUGCCCAGGCUCCGGCCUGCAGGCCGCUCCAGCCUUGGUCCCUCCGCCCCGGCACUUUUGCUCACUCUCUUCUUAUUUACUCUUCCUCUUCCUUCUACCCAUCUUCUUACCCCAGUCAUUCCCUUACACCUACUUUGUUCGCUCCUUUGAAGAAGUUCGUAAUUCUUUCCGCCGUGGCCUCUGCCUUGGUAGGCUCCGUGGCCGCAUCCUCUUGCACGUACGCCGACGGCUACACUUACUGUGAUGAAACCGACAAGUUCGUCUACAAAAACGUGGGUUUUUCUGGCUCGUACACCAACGUGGUCAGCAUGAACGAAGACAGCACUGCCGUGUCGUACGAGACGUCUGCCUUUUCCGGCUCCUUGUCGCCCUUUGACGAGGAGUUGUCUGUGCACGUGAGAGGGCCUAUCACCUUCAAGGAGUUUGGUGUGUACUACCCCUCCAGCGGCUCUUCUAACAAAAAGAGGGACGACGACGAGGACUGCUCCACCACCAAGCACCUUCACCACCAGCACGUGAAGAGGGCCACGAAGAUCGUGACCCAGACCAUGUAUGUGAAUGAGGGCGGCGAGCCCAUCACUAAGACCGUGGCUCUUGCUGACGACUCCGAGUCUGCUGAAACCACUUCUGCGGACACAAAGACCGCCGCCACGUCCGCCUCCACGUCCUCCAGCACCCUGUCUACCACGUCCUCCGCUAGCGCUGGAGACUGGGUCAGAAGCUCCCACUGGACGCCUGGCAGCACGUCGAACCUCACUGUUUUGAACAACUACGGAGGCGGAGGCUCCGGCGUGUGGUCGUCCACCUGGGGCAACUCUCUUUCGUACGCCAACUCCGACAACCUGGGCGCCGCAUCUGAGGCCACUGCUUUGAAGGAGGUGACGCUCCUGUCCAUCAGCGAGUUUUCGCUUUGGUCGGGACUUGAGUGUGACGACAGCUCUGAAGAAUACAGCUGUGGGUACUACAGACCGGACUCCGUGGCCUACCAUGCGUUUGCGGGAGCCGAGAAGAUCAUGGUGUUUUCUUUCACCAUGCCUUCGGACACCGACUCCAGCUCCUCGACCGGCUACGACAUGCCUGCCAUCUGGUUGUUGAACGCCAAGAUCCCCAGAAUCGGCCAGUACCUCGACAUUUCGUGCUGGACCUCCGGCUGUGGUGAGUUGGACUUGUUCGAGGUGCUUGUGAACGACUACGACAAGAUGGUCACUGCCUUGCACGACAAGCAGGGCACCAAUGGCGGUGGCUCCAGCGACUACAUCUCCAGACCCUACGACAGCGUCAUGAAGGCGGUUGUCAUUUUCUACGAGGGCGAGAUCCACAUCCAGACCGUGGACUCGGACUUUGAAUUCGAGAGCACCUUGAGCUCUGAGCAGGUCAGCGCCUGGACCUCUCUGGACGGAAGCGACAUUACUCUCUCUUCCGAACGCGGUUUCGGUGGCUCCGAUGUGCUUUCUUGGGUGCCAAGGCUGUGUUGUCAUGGCCGUCUGCGGGUCAAGUCUCGCUCCCGUUUCCUGCGGCGGACUGAUCGCAAGUGCGCUCACAUGCCCCGAGUUUCACGUUCACCUUGUGUUCGGCUGCAUGCCUGGGCCGACCGGGCAACCUUGUUCGAGUGCGGUCUUCCUGAUUCUGCAUUGCUCGCUGUGGCUUUUGCCACCGAUUCGUGCAGCACACGAGUAUUGGCUUCGCUCGGUUGGCGGGGCGCGCCGCCGGCCUGGCCUCAUGAUCGCACCGUCAUCCUCAGUCAACGCCGCGGUAUCGACAUAGGCUCCGACUCCGUGCGCGUGUCCAUGCACAAUGCCGAGGCAAACCAGACCCGUGAUCUCGAGAGGCCGCUCGCCCGCCAAAGCGACGGCCCCAGGCACACCAUGAGUGGGCCGGCCCUCUGGGCCCAAAUCUUGCUGAUGGUCGCCGAACACGACGAGGCGCUCGCCGCGUCUUUGGAGCCCGGCGACCCAGCGCUGCCGGGCGCCGCCCCCCGAGAACCCGGCCUUUCAGGUGCAAGCUUUCAAGAUGCAAGUGUUCAAGAUACCAGCCCGCAAAAUGCAAGUCUUCGAGAUACUAGCCCGCAAAACUCAAGCCCGCAAAACUCAAGCCCGCAAAACUCAAGCCCGCGAAACUCAAGCCCGCAAAAUUCAAGCCCGCGAAACGCAAAUACACGGGGUCCCGAUGUGCAAGCCACCGGCCCCGAGGGGCCGCGCCGGAUGGGCCGCGCCGGAUCGGACCUUUUGGCGGGGCCUGCGCGCGACGUCCAGGCCGGGGACAGUGCGGCCGCGCCUUCGGGCCCUGGGCCCCGCCCGCCGCAGAUUUUGCAGCCAGCCACACGCACCCCGGGCCGGCCGUGUGUUCGUCCCAGCGCGGUGUGCGUGGCAGCGACAUGCUCGAUGGUGGUGAUGGAGCGCGUGCGGCCCGAAAACGGGCGUGCGUAUUUCCGGCUGGCGCAGCCGGGUGAGGAGGUGAUUGUGUGGAUGGACACGCGGGCGCAGGCCCAGGCGCCGUGGGUCGCGCGCCGCCUCCCGGCCGCGGCCCUAGAGCAGAUUGGCGGCACGGUGACGCCCGAGAUGGGCAUUGCCAAAUUGAAUGGCCCUAAUUCCAGUGGCCCUAAUUCCAGUGGCCCCAAUUCGAGUGGCCCUGAUUCGAGUGGCCCCAAUUCCAGUGGCCCCCGCCCCGCACCCCCGAACGUCCCCCCAGACACCCCGCAAAACGAAAUCUGUGUUUUCGAGUUGUACGACUGGGUCUCCUACGUGUUCAUGGCGGGCGGCUACCGGCGCGACGGGCUGGUGCCGUGUCUCGCGGGCGACGCGCCCGACUUCGCCGCGGGCCUGCGCGCCAUGGACGGCUCCGUCAAGGGCUGGGGCAGCGACAUACUCCUGCGCCUCCAGAUCGCCGCCCGGGUCUGCUGCACCCCCAACACGCUAGACCCGCCGGCCGCGUUCCCCCACGUGGGCUCCCCGCUCGGCUGUUUCGGCAACCUUCUUGUGGCCCACGGCUGCAUCGACUGCUACGCUGGCUGGGCCGGGCACGCGGCCAGCGGGCGCGCGGCGCGGGGCGCGGGGCCAGGCGCGCUUCUCAUGGUGGCCGGCACCUCGACGUGCUUCGUGGCCUCGGGCGACGGCAGCCGCGCGCGGCCCGCGGCCGGGCUCUGGGGCCCUUUUUCGCAGCUCCUCGCCGCGCCCGUGUACUCGUUCGGCCAGCCGGCCACCGGCCUGUUGUUCGCGGAGCUUUUCGCCGAGCACGCCGCGCUCAUUGGCGCCCGCCCGCCGUUUGCGUUUGUGGAGGAGCGCGCCCGCGCGUUGGAGCUCAGCCGCGGCCACUCGUUGGUCGUGUUGGCCCGCCACUUCUUGUACUACGGCGACAGGCACGGCAACCGCAGCCCGUACGGCGACUUCCGCAUGGGCGAGGUCUUGGUGGACGGCCGCAACGCGGCGGGCGCCGACUCGCUCGGCUGCCUGGUGGCGGACAAGUCCGUGGACGUGCUUGUGCUCAAGUACUACUUGGUGGUGGAGUUCUUGGUGUUCCAGACCAGGCAGUUAUACUGCCGGUUGGCGCGCGCGGCCGGCCCGGUGGCCGACGUGUACAUCUCGGGCUCGCAGGCGCAGAACUCGCGGCUCGUGCGGAUGCUCGCCCACGUUGCCUUUGCUGGCUCGCGCGUGCUCGUGCCCCGGGGCGUCGAGAACAAGUACGCGGGCAGCCGUGGCGCGGCGCUCGCCAUGCUCCCGUAUCUCCAGGCAGCGUGCGCGCCGGCCCCGGCUUUGGGCGGCGCCUGGGCCGAGCCUGGUUGGCAAGGCCCUGGCCCGAUGGGCGCGCGCGAGGCCCGCAUCUUGCAGGCCAAAUUCCGCACGUAUGAGCAGAUGGCCCGGUGGCAAAAGCUGUUCCACGACACGAUGGGCGCGAUCUGA